AGUCGCGAAUUAGCGUCGUACGGACGCGCUUUUUUAUAGUCUCGCUUAAAGCUUCAACCGCAGCUCCAAUUAUUUAUUAAUUUUUUUGAUUUUGAUUUUGAUUUUGAUUUUGUUUUCGUUAUUAUUUUGUGUUGAAUCACUAGAGGAAAAUGGUGCACAAAAAGGAUGAUGAACAGCUGAUGGCACAGCGUCUGAUCGAGUUUGAAAAGCUAAUCAAAGCGCAGCCGCAGCUGCCACACAAUAUAUCGACCACAUUGUUGCGUCGCUUUCUGCACACAACGCGGGGCAACUUGGCAUCGGCCCAACGUCUGCUGGAACUCAACUAUUCGCUGCGCAACAAACAUGCCCAGAUCUUCAUUGAUCGCGAUCCCAUGGACGCCAGCUCGCAGCAGCUGUUGCAAGUCGCUGAUCUGGUGCCGUUGCCUGGCUUGACGCCGGAGAACAACAAGCUGCUAUUUUAUCGCCUCAUAGACUACGAUGCCGACAAGUUCAACUUUACGGCCAGCAUCAAGGUGUUUUUCAUGGUCGCCGACUGUCGCUUUGCCACGGAGACGGAAGGUCGGCUUUCAGAUGGGGAAAUACCUAUCUUUGACAUGGCCGGAUACUCACUGCGACAUCUGACAAAGACGGCGCUAAGUGCACUGCGGGUUUAUAUGAAGUUCGUGCAGGAGGCGCAUCCGGUGCGACUGAAGGAGAUUCAUGUGCUUAACUGUCCCACAUAUCUGGACAAAGUGUUGACCGUGGUAAAGCCCUUCAUCAAAAGCGAGGUCUUCAAGCUGAUUCAUUUCCAUUUGCCCAAUGCGGAUACACCCUAUAAGCACUUUCCGCGUGCCAUGAUGCCCGAGGAAUACGGCGGAGAGGCUGGCAAAAUGUCGGAUCUGAAGCAACAUUGGAUGCAGCUGUUGCAACAGCAGAGGGAGUAUCUGAUGGAUGCCGGCAACUGGCAGCUCAACAAGUGCAAGAAGAGUUCAAGCAACGCCUCCAAUUCAAUGACGCAAAGCCUCAAGACGUUGGAAAUUGAUUAGUUUAUUGCCUUAGAUAUUACCCCAUCUUUACUGUAUAUAUUUUUGUGUAUAUAUAAGUUUAUGUUGUGCCUGUCUAAUCCCAGGCGCACUUGGUUAUUGUAAAUAUUGGUUUUUUCAUUGCGAAUGCAAAUUCAACUGCUAACAAGACAGUCAAACUUUAGCUAGUGCUCAGUUGCCUAGUAGCUUUCAAACUGUAUGAAAGAGAGAUAGAAAAGAGAAAGAGAGA